UUCAUCCUCUGAACGAGACGCAGCGCUGUCAUCGACACGUCAUGAGUCUUUGUGCCAAAGUCCAACAUCUCAACCUGUUGCAAACCUGAACGACGUCAUAACCAGCGCGACAGUUUCCCGCGCUCUGUCGCCACCUGGCGGAGCAGGAGCAGGAGGAUGAGCAGGAUCUAAGAUGGCGGACGGAGAAACAGCGGCUGCAGCUGCUUUUCACUCGCGACACACGACAGCGGCGGAUUAAUACGUCAUUAUCGAUCACCGCUGAUUAUCGAUCACAUCAGAGGCGCUCGUGCCCGCUGACUGCUCUGGAAGUCCUCGUUAUGCUGCGCAUGUGACGUCACUGGUUGCUAUUGAAGAUGGCAGCUGAACUGUUGUCCACCAGCCUCCCUCACAGUGACGAGGUGGAGGUGAAGAAAAGUUUCAUUCAGCAGAACCAACCGGAGCCGGAGUCUGAGAACCCGUGUGAGCGAGACACCGAGCAGCUCCACGCCAUCAACGCCACUGAUGACGGAGACAGGUGGCAGGCGGCCCCGCCCACCCUCCGAGAGAGGAACGCUUUGAUGUUCAACAACAACCACAUGGCCGACGUUCACUUCCUUGUUGGUCCUCCAGGAGGAGCUCAGAGAGUCCCAGCUCAUAAGUACGUCCUGGCAGUGGGCAGCUCAGUGUUUGGAGCCAUGUUUUAUGGAGAUCUGGCCGAGGGACAAUCCGACAUCCAGAUACCCGACGUGGAACCAACGGCUUUCCUCAUCCUGUUAAAGUACAUGUACAGUGAUGAGAUCGAGCUGGAGGCCGACACGGUGCUCACGACACUCUACGCUGCCAAGAAGUACAUCGUUCCUGCUCUGGCGAAGGCGUGCGUGACCUUUCUCGAGACCAGCCUGGAGGCAAAGAACGCCUGCGUCCUGCUGUCUCAGAGCCGGCUGUUUGAGGAGCCGGAGCUGACGCAGCGCUGCUGGGAGGUGAUCGACGCCCAAGCGGAGCUCGCUCUGCAUUCAGACGGUUUCUGCGAGAUUGACCAGCCGACCCUGGAGAUUGUCCUUCAGAGAGAAACGCUCAACGUACGAGAGGUUGUCGUUUUCCAGGCGGUGCUGAGCUGGGCGGCUGCUGAGUGUCACCGGCAGGGUCUGCCGGUGACCCCAGAGAACCAGCGCGCGGUGCUGGGUAAGGCUUUGUACCUGGUCCGGAUCCCGACCAUGACCCUGCAGGAGUUUGCAGACGGAGCGGCGCAGUCGGACGUUCUAACGCUGAAGGAGACUCGUGAUAUUUUCCUGUGGUACACCGCAACCAAAAAACCAAGACUGGAUUUUCCUCUGGUAAAGCGGAUGGGUUUGGCUCCACAGAGGUGCCACCGCUUUCAGUCCUCAGCCUACCGCAGUAACCAGUGGCGCUACAGGGGGCGCUGUGACAGCAUCCAGUUUGCAGUGGACAGGAGGAUCUUCAUUGCUGGACUCGGUCUGUACGGGUCGAGCAGUGGGAAAGCAGAGUACAGUGUGAAGAUUGAACUGAAGAGGCAGGGAACCACUCUGGCCCAGAACGUCACUAAGUUCCUGUCCGACGGGUCGAGUGGAACUUUCCCCGUGUGGUUCGAACACCCGGUCCAGGUGGAACAGGACACCUUCUACACUGUCAGCGCCGUCCUGGAUGGAAACGAGCUGAGUUACUUUGGACAGGAGGGGAUGACUGAGGUGCAGUGUGGGAAAGUGACCUUCCAGUUCCAGUGUUCCUCGGACAGUACCAACGGGACCGGUGUGCAGGGGGGACAGAUCCCAGAACUUGUAUUCUACUGCUGAACGGACUGAAACUUGAUCUGUAAACACACUCAUGAACUGUUGUUCUGAGCUGGAAGCUGAUUGACUCAAGGGAAACCCCGAAAAUAAAGUGUGUUGUUUGUUUGUACUUUGUGCAGCUGCCUUUUAUGUCCCUGUUGGACAGGGACACGAUGGACACAUUAAACUGUGAUGAACAUCAAAAGUUA